UCUCUCUCUCUCUCUCUCUCUCUCUCUCUCCAAAACACACACGACCUGUUUGUUAUAUUGUUCCCACUGCUUCCUCCUUAAGCUUCACUCUCGUCGCCGGCAAUAUCUCGCCUGAAUUCCCCUCGAUCUCGCCGGAAAUCUCCCCCCGAUCGGAGCGCCCGCGCGCGUAAUCCGUCGAAUCCGCGAUUCCGCCGGUCAAUUGCUCGGCACGCGGCUAGCCGGUCGAAGAUUGUGGGGUCGCCGGCCGCAUCGACCGCUGCGGCGAUGGACGAUGGCUUCAGCUGCGGCGACGACGACGAGGAGUGCUACUGCUCGGACAGGGACUCCCUCGAUGGGCUGGCGAACGAGGACUCCGAGUACGACUGGGUCCCUCCCAAAGGCCCCUCCACCAAGGUCAUCACGAAAGAAUCACUUUUGUCUGCGCAGAGAGGGGAUUUGGGAAGGGUGAUGGACUUGUUAUCACUGAGAGAGCACCAUGCGCGCACUUUGCUUAUCCAUCACCGAUGGGAUGUUGAGAAGUUGCUUGCAGUGCUCGUGGAGAAGGGUAAAGCUUGUUUAUUUGCGGACGCGGGCGUGCCUCUGACUGAGGACCAAGAUCUCAGUUUGCCCAAGCAGUCGACUUCUACGAUUAUGUGCGAUAUAUGCAUGGAAGAGAUACCCGGUCACAUUACGACGAGAAUGGACUGUAGUCAUCGCUAUUGCAACGACUGUUGGACUGAGCAUUUUGUUGUGAAGAUAAAUGAAGGUCAAAGCAAGCGGAUAAGGUGCAUGGCACACAAAUGCAAUGCUAUUUGUGAUGAAGCCAUUGUUAGAGAUCUAGUCAGAAGAAGGCAUCCUGAUCUAGCUGACAAAUUCGACCGAUUCCUCCUUGAGUCUUACAUUGAGGAUAAUAAAAUGGUUAAGUGGUGUCCCAGUACUCCCCAUUGCGGGAAUGCAAUACGCAUUGAGGAAGAUGAAUGCUGUGAGGUAGAAUGUUCAUGUGGUUUACAGUUUUGUUUCAGUUGCUUAUCAGAAGCACAUUCACCUUGCUCGUGCUUGAUGUGGGAGCUUUGGAGUAAAAAGUGUCGAGAUGAAUCGGAAACUGUCAAUUGGAUUACGGUCCACACAAAGCCCUGUCCAAAGUGCCACAAACCAGUGGAGAAAAACGGAGGAUGCAAUCUAGUGAGCUGUAUUUGUGGGCAGGCAUUUUGUUGGCUGUGUGGUGGUGCUACGGGGCGAGACCAUACUUGGUCAAAUAUUGCCGGUCAUAGUUGUGGUCGCUACAAGGAAGACCAAGAGCAAAAGUCCGAGCGUGCAAAGCGGGAUCUGUAUCGGUACAUGCACUAUCAUAACCGCUACAAGGGUCAUUUAGACUCGUUUAAGCUUGAGAACAAACUGAGGGAAACUAUUCAAGAGAAAGUAUCUGUGUCUGAAGAGAAGGAAUCAGCUCUCAGGGAUUUCACUUGGGUAACAAACGGGCUCUACAGACUUUUCAGGUCUAGGCGGGUUCUCUUGUUCUCAUACCCAUUUGCAUUCUAUAUGUUUGGAGAGGAGUUAUUUAAGGAUGAGAUGACACAAGAGCAAAGAGACAUAAAACAACACUUAUUUGAAGACCAGCAGCAGCAGCUUGAGGCUAAUGUGGAGAGACUAUCAAAGUUUCUAGAAGAGCCAUUCGAUGAAUAUGAUGAGAAAAAAGUGAUGGAUGUAAGGAUGCACGUCAUCAAUCUGUCUGUGGUUACUGAUACGCUUUGUAGAAAAAUGUAUGAAUGCAUUGAAAAUGAUUUACUGGGCUGUCUCAUACUUGGCACCCACAACAUAGCUCCUUACAAGUCAAAGGGUAUUGAGCGAGCCGCUGCUUUAAAUGCAAAAGCUGACGAGUCUGACAAGUGUCUGCCUUUGGACUUCGGUAAAGCUGAAUGUAGCAUGGCUGAUAUGUUGAAAUUACAUACUAGGAGCAUCAGAACCUGAUCGACCCUCAGGAUCUGGGAGUUUGGAUGACGGUGGACGCUCAUCAAGGAAGCGUGCCAGGAAGGAGGGUUUAGUUGGGGCACUAAUCGAUCUUAAUGUGCCAGCAGGAGGAUACUGACCGAAAGUUAUGAUGGGUGGAAUUUGCAUAUAGUUUGUGCGCGUGAAGGUUGUACAGUCUAGCCUAACUAAACGAGCCUUUUCUCCUCUGACUGGACAUCGUCAUGGCAGUCUCCAAGUGCAAUUUUUUACCUUUUCCUAAUCUAUUUUUGUCCUUUAUUUUCCCAACCUUUCCAGGGAGGGAAGUAGGAAUCUGGAUUCCUCGUUGCUUUAACUUUAUAUUUAUCUUUACUCCAUAAAAACUCCUGUACAGAGUCGAAGCCAUUUGGAUUUUUAUGGGGGUAUAGUCUAUAGAUAUGUUAGAGAAGUGCUGCCUGAGGUAGCAUUUGUCUUUUUCAGUAUUACACAUAUAUACUCAUAUAUGAGAUAUGAUAUCCAAUAUAUAUUUCAGAUA